CUCCCCUCACUGGUCUGCAGACAUUUUUUUUUUCUUCUUCUUCUUCUAACUUCCCCUCCUGUGACAAAGGAGAUAAAUAUUAGAAGAAAAAAAAAAGUACAGAAUGCUAAGGUUGCCACUCUCACUUCCUCUCACGCCUUAACUGCUUUGAAUACAGUAAUUGCUACCGGGCACCAGACGGGGAAGAGAAGACAUCCGUGCCUCAGAGACUCUGCCCGGGUAGGUGGUUACAGAGAGUCAUGCUUUCACAGGGCCACUGCUGCUCUCAGAAAAUGCCAGGAUGAUGUUUCCCUCCCACCUGGCUGGGACGCUGAUCCCGGCCAUGGCCUUCCUCUCCUGCCUGAGACCAGAAAGCUGGGAGCCCUGCAUGGAGGUGGUUCCUAACAUUACUUACCAGUGCAUGGAUCUGAAUCUCUACAAAAUCCCUGACAACCUCCCCUCCUCAACCAAGAACCUGGACCUGAGUUUUAACCACCUGAGGCACUUAGGCAGCCAUAGCUUCUCCAAUUUCCCAGAACUGCAGGUGCUGGAUUUAUCCAGGUGUGAAAUCCAGGUGAUUGAAGAUGAUGCGUAUCAGAGUCUAAACCAUCUUUCCACCUUGAUAUUGACAGGGAACCCUAUCCAGAGUUUAGCGCUAGGAGCCUUUUCUGGAUUACCAAGUUUACAGAAGCUGGUGGCCGUGGAAACAAACCUAAUCUCUCUAGAGAACUUUCCUAUUGGACAUCUCAAAAGCUUGAAGGAGCUCAAUGUGGCUCACAAUUUUAUCCAUUCUUUCAAGUUACCUGGAUAUUUUUCUAACCUGCCCAAGCUGGAGCACUUGGACCUUUCCAAAAAUAACAUUCAAAAUAUUUAUCAUAAAGACUUGCACAUCCUACAUCAAAAUUCUUCACUCAAUCUCUCUGUAGACCUGUCCAUGAACCCUAUAGUCUUUAUUCAACCUGGUUCCUUUAAAGGAAUUAGGCUCCAUGAACUGACUUUGAGAAGUAGUUUUGAUAGUAUGAAUAUAAUGAAAACUUGUAUUCAAGGCCUGGCUGGUUUAGAAGUCCAUCGACUGGUUUUGGGAGAAUUUAGAAAUGAAAGGAACAUGAACGAUUUUGACAAAUCUGCCCUGGAGGGACUGUGCAAUUUGGUCAUUGAAGAAUUCAGUUUAGCAAACUUAGAAGAAAGCCUGAAAGAUGCUGAGUUAUUUCAUUGUUUGACAAAUGUUUCUGCAAUUUCCCUGGUGAGUUUGGGUUUAUACCAUCUAAAAGGCUUUCAUAAUAAAUACGGAUGGCGAUCUUUAGAAUUAGUUAACUGUGAAUUUGAACAAUUUCCCACAUUGGAGCUCUUUUCUCUUGAAAGGUUUAUUUUAACUGAGAACAAAGAUGGGCUCACUUUUGCAGAAGUUACGCUACCAAGCCUUGAGUACCUAGAUCUCAGUAAAAAUGGCUUGAGUUUCAAGGGUUGCUGUUCUUAUGACGAUUUUAGUACAAACAGACUGACACAUUUAGAUCUGAGCUUCAAUGGUGUUAUUAUCAUGAGUUCAAACUUCCUGGGUUUAGAAGGACUACAACAUCUGGAUUUCCGGCAUUCCAAUUUGAAACAGGCUAGUGAUUUCUCAGUAUUCCUAUCACUCAAAAACCUCCGUUACCUUGACAUUUCUUAUACUCACACCCGAGUUGUCUUCCAUGGCAUCUUUGCUGGCUUGGUCAGUCUCGAAAUCUUGAAAAUGGCUGGCAAUUCUUUCCAAGACAAUGUCCUUCCAGAUGUCUUCAAAGAAAUGAAUAACUUGACUUUCCUGGACCUCUCUGCGUGUCAGCUGGAACAAGUGACCCAGGAAGUGUUUAACUCACUCUCCAGUCUUCGAUUGCUAAAUAUGAGCCACAACAACCUCUUAACAUUGGAUAUACUUCCUUAUAAGUCUCUCCAAUCCCUCCACGUUCUAGAUUGCAGCUUCAAUCGCAUAGUGGCUUCCAAAAACCAAGAACUACAGUAUUUUCCAAGUAGUCUAACUUUCUUAAAUCUUACUCAGAAUGACUUUGCUUGUGUUUGUGAACACCAGAGUUUCCUGCAGUGGGUCAAGGACCAGAGGCAGCUCUUGGUGGAAGCUGAACAAAUGCUAUGUGCCUCACCUUUAGAUAUGCGGGGCAUACCUGUGCUGAGUUUUAGGAACGCUACCUGUCAGAUGAGCAAGACCAUAAUUGGUGUGUCAGUGGUCACUUUGCUUGUGGUAUCCGUUGUACUAGUUCUGGUCUAUAAGUUUUAUUUUCACCUGAUGCUUCUUGCUGGAUGCAAAAAACACAGCAGAGGUGAAAGCACCUAUGAUGCCUUUGUCAUCUACUCAAGCCAGGAUGAGGACUGGGUGAGGAAUGAGCUAGUAAAGAAUUUAGAAGAAGGGGUGCCCCCAUUUCGGCUCUGCCUUCACUACAGAGACUUUAUUCCCGGUGUGGCCAUAGCUUCCAACAUCAUCCAGGAAGGUUUCCACAAAAGCCGGAAGGUUAUUGUUGUGGUGUCCAAUCACUUCCUGCAAAGCCGCUGGUGUAUCUUUGAGUAUGAGAUUGCCCAGACCUGGCAGUUUCUGAGCAGUCGUGCUGGUAUCAUCUUCAUUGUCUUGCAGAAGGUGGAGAAGUCCCUGCUGCGGCAGCAGGUGGAGCUGUACUGCCUUCUCAAGAGGAACACUUACCUGGAGUGGGAGGACAGUGUCCUGGGGCGGCACAUCUUCUGGAGACGACUCAGAAAAGCUCUGUUGGAUGGUAAACCAUGGAGUCCAGAAGGGACAGAGGGUGCAGAAUGAUGCCAGCAAGAAGCAACAACUUCUACCAACUGAGGUGCUUCUUGCCCAGCUUGUUCAGUUAAUGAGUGCGAAAUUCUGCAACAUGCCAGGCAUUAUGCUAAAGGCAAGUGAUUCAGUGGUGUUCAAGAUACCCAGGACUGCUAAUCUCAUGGAACAUACAGUGUAGUGCAGAGGGAAUAAAUUCUGGACUGAAAUACAGAGCCUUCCCAGUGGGCAUUUCUACCAACUCAGCCAAGGAGUCCAUGACAGAGAAAGUCACUUCAACUCUUCCCCCAUCAUCCUGAAUAAGAACUAAGAGACUGGGGCCCAGUGAAAGCAGAAAAGGACAUUGUUCUUCUCCUGAGUCUCUUGAAUGGAAAUUUCAUUAUGCAUUAUGUUUUAGCCAUCUUAAAACAGUUUUGGUAGUUUAAACUAAACCGAGUGUUUGCUCACUUUUCUCCCUUCUGUUGAAUACAAUUUAAAUUCUGCUUGAUGACUCAAAAGGAUCCUGGUUCAGGAUGCUCCUUCCAUUUAAAGUCAGUUUUUGUGCAAAGGUUAAAAUCGUGUGGCUAAUUCCUAAGGAAACCUGAUUAACACAUGCUCACAACACAUCUUGGUCAUUUUUUACUAGGUUCUGUUUAUUAACUAAUAAUUUUUGAUAUAUUUUUUCUUUUUAUAUAUCUCCAGUUUUCAUUUUUCAUGUCUUGUCUAUAAGCCUACAUCAUAAAUAAGAUGUAGAGACAUGCUGGAAAUAUCCAUAUUUAACCACUAUUUUUCAAGCAAGUAUGUAAAAUACACUCUGUCACUUUGUCACUUGAUGUCAUUCUAAAGUUAUUACCUACUAAGUUAUGACUGUCAUGGAUGCAGCAUUAAAAUAAUUUGGUUGAAA